UCACAAAAGAGUUUUCAACCCUUUGGGGAGACAGUGAUUUUUGUAAUCGUAAUCCCCUGACUUAUUGAUCUUUAAUUUUUCUUUUUCCAAUUCCGUGGACCAACUUCGGUCAACACGCCCCACGCUCUAGUCUUUGGCCUUUGGCAAGGUUUUGGGAUCUGAAAACCACGCUCUGGAGGGACUGUUUCUGGCUGAGGGUGUUGAGAGCAGGCAGCGUGAGGCCGUGGCCUUGGCAGCCAGGCCUGGGUGGUGAGGUCACAAUGUCCACCAAGGUGCCCAUCUAUCUGAAGCGCAGCAGCCGCAAGGGCAAAAAGGAGAAGCUGCGGGACCUGCUGUCCUCGGACAUGAUCAGCCCGCCGCUGGGGGACUUCCGCCACACCAUUCAUAUUGGAAGCGGUGGUGGCAGCGACAUGUUUGGCGACAUCUCCUUCCUGCAAGGAAAGUUCCACCUGCUGCCGGGGACGGCCGUGGAGGAGCCUGAGGAAGACGGCACCUUUGACCUCCCCUUCCAGUUCACCCGCACCGCCACGGUGUGCGGGCGGGAGCUCCCCGAUGGGACGUCCCCUCUGCUCAAAAACGCCAUCUCCCUCCCAGUCAUUGGUGGGCUCCAGGCCCUCACCCUCCCCACAGCCCAGGCCCCACCCAAGCCCCCUCGCCUGCACCUGGAGACUCCUCAACCUUCCCCACAGCCUUCCCCCCAGGAGGCAGGCAGUGUGGACAUCUGGAGGAUUCCAGAGGCUGGCUCACCCCACAAUGGAAUGACUCCGGAAUCAGGGGCCGAGGAGCCCUUCUUGUCCCAUGCCAGCUCCCUGCUGUCCCUGCACGUGGACCUGGGGCCUUCCAUCCUGGAUGACGUUCUUCAGAUCAUGGAUCAAGACGUGGACCGUGUGCGGCUCCCCACAUAGGACCUGUGGCUGGCGGGGCUGGGCGCCCAGGCUGGGGUGAUGCCAGAAGGCAGGGUGUGGGCACGGCCCUGCCCUAGGAGUCAGGAUCCCAGGGUCCCACCUGUGUGGUCUUACGCCAGUGAUUCUCAUUCUGAGCCUUUGUUUCCCUCCCGUCCUCUCCCUAUGGGCAGAGUGUGCCUUAUUGCUUCCCUUAACAACCCACCAAGGACACAUGCCCUGAGCAUCUUGGGCCACCUAGACCCCACCACCAACUGUUCCUCCUUCCCUCAGGACCCGUAGAUGAAGGCUUUACUGAAACGGACUCCCCUUCUCACCUCCCUCCUGCCCCAGAUGCCCUGAUAAGGGGGUAGGGGAAGGAGAAGGGCACCCAGCCAUAGGGCUUGAGUACUGGGAAGGCUGUUCCAGACCUUGGCUUUGUAUCCUGUACUGGAGU